AUGCGCAUCGCCAUCUCGGCCAAGACCCGAACAAGACCUGACCGGCCUGCAUCAAUCGACAACUGCCGCUGCAGUCGCAAUCAGUCCAUCGCGCCAUCCGGUCGUGUCUGCACUCUUCGGGCCUUCCCCCCUUCGCCCGCCGUAUAUCCUGCUGCACAUAUCGCAAGGCGUCUUCUCUUCGCACACUUUGACCACAUCUUGCGCUGCCGGCUGCUAGGAGGGAUACAAACAUUUGCCCCCCUCGCUCUCCAGACACCACUGUGCUAUGCUGCCCGUCAGCAAUUCAAACCGCCCGACCGACAGACUCACUCACCCACAUACGCAGACGAGAUCGGUGGAUGGGUUCUCAGACAACCGCAUGAGCGUCUCCCAUCCGUCUGUUACAGGACAUGCGCCGUGCAGCCUCGCACUGCCAUCCCGGUCUCUUCUGACUCUGCUGUCGAGUCUCUUCAGGGUCUCUUGCGCCCACACACCGCUAUCAAGGACGACGCUCACCCUGCAACUGUCGCUGUCAGUCUGUCCGGGCACACGGCUACCGACCGCCCGUUGAAGGGCAUAGGUACCGUCAUGUCUAGCUCCAUGGCCACAAAACCUAAUUCCCUGCGAACUAAGUCCUGGCUGGAUAUCCAAUCCACAGCCGCGGAUCAAGUCCCGAUUACCUCUUGUGCCUGUGCUGGAUUGUGGGAUGGGCUGUCGAUGCCAAACAUGGCGCUCGUCCUUGUUUCUUCCCGUGUACAUAUCCUGCAAAAGAGAAUUACCUAUGCAAGUCCAGUAUCGCAGCUGGCCACCUCAGCCCCAGGCUUGGAGGCUUCAACGGUGCGUCUCACUCUCGGCCUGGGCGGUCCGGGCUGGGGCGGUGGUGCGAGCUGCUCGGAGCGAGAGGCGUUUUCGGUGGCUUGA